AGGACUCAUCAGUAGCUAGUUACAUAAUCUUACAAUAUAUAAUAAUGGUGUACUCUAAACAACACUUAUGCAUGCUUGGCCUACUCUUGGCCACCUUUGUUCUUGUUGUCUCGGCUCGUGACAUAGCAAGUGACCAAACACAGGCAGAAAAGGUCGUCGUUAGCCUUGAUGGACGUGGAGGAUAUAACAAGCCUCCACAAGAAGAAUCGCUUUACAAGACUGAUGGUUAUGGACAUGGUGGAGGAGGCGGUUGGGGAGGCAAAGGUGGUGGACAUGGUGGCCAUUGGCCACCGGUAGAAGAAUCUCUUCAUAAGACUGAUGGUUAUGGUGGUGGUUGGGGUGGCAAAGGUGGAGGUCGCGGUCAUUGGCCACCAAAAGAAGAAUCUCUUCAUAAGACCGAUGGCUAUGGUGGUGGUUCGGGUGGCCAUGGAGGAUAUGGCGGUGGUGGUUGGGGUGGCAAAGGUGGUGGUCACGGCCAUUGGCCACCAAAUGAAGAAUCUCUUCAUAAAACCGACGGUUAUGGUGGUGGUUGGGGUGGCCAUGGAGGAUCCGGUGGUGGUGGUUGGGGUGGCAAAGGUGGUGGUCAUGGCCAUUGGCCACCAAAUGAAGAAUCUCUUCAUAAAACCGAUGGUUAUGGUGGUGGUUGGGGUGGCCAUGGAGGAUACGGCGGUGGUGGUUGGGGUGGCAAAGGUGGAGGUCACGGCCAUUGGCCACCAAAUGAAGAAUCUCUUCAUAAGACCGACGGUUAUGGUGGUGGUUGGGUUGGCCAUGGUGGAUAUGGCGGUGGUGGUUGGGGUGGCAAAGGUGGAGGUAACGGCCAUUGGCCACCAAAAGAAGAUUCUCUUCAUCAGACCGAUGGUUAUGGUGGUGGUUGGGGUGGCAAAGGUGGAGGUAGCGGCCAUUGGCCACCAAUAGAAGAAUCACCCCAUAAGACCGAUGGUAAUGGUGGAGGUUGUUGUGGACGUGGUGGAGAGCACCGGCCACCUCACGACACGGAGGGUGAUGUAAGUGUCAACGGUCGUGGUGGAAAUAACAACCCUCACCCUCCGAUUAAGAAUGCUGCCGAGGCAGAGAAGAAUGAUGUGAAUGUAAAUAAUCAUGGUGGACAACAUGGUCCAAAAAACCCACCAAAAACUGUAAAUAAUGCACAAGGAACCACUAGUAAAUCUAAUGGCCACUAAGAUUAUAAUAUGUUUUAGAUGGCUACCAAUGGUGUGUACUGUGUAGUAACUAGUAUAUCUUAUUUCUUCUAGUACUUAAGUUUUAUCCUGUGCAAGUAACUAAGAAUAAAACAAUCAAAUGGAUGUAAAUUGUACUUUGUAUCAAGUAAUGAAGCAAUAUAUAUACAUGUAUAAUUA